AAAUUAACCCCUCAGAUGAAGAAAGAAGAAUCCGUAAUUAUACAACUUGAGACCCCAGUCGUAGAAAUUUCAUUUCUACACCUCUCUUCAUGAGAAGUCGAGCUUCGUGGGGCUUUAGCAGAAGUAUAUUCAGGGACUCCAACAUCUUGGCGCAGAUCAUUCAGAACUCCGCCCAAGCCAAGCAGCUGAAUAAAGGAAAAGAACUCCACGCCCACCUACUACGUUCCGGCUAUCCACUAUGUACCUUUCUCACCAACCACCUGCUCAACAUGUAUUCCAAAUGUGGAGAGCUCCAUUAUGCAAUGAACCUAUUUGAAAAAAUGUCUCAAAGAAACCUGGUUUCCUGGACUGCAAUGAUUACUGGGUUUUCACAAAAUAUAAGAAUCUCAGAAGCUUUGACAGCCUUUUCUCAAAUGAGAAUUUCCGGUGAGAACCCGACCCAGUUUGCAUUUGCAAGUGUUAUUAAAGCUUGCUUGUCUGUAAAGUCGGUUGAGUUGGGAAAGCAAAUGCAUUGUCUUGCUUUGAAAUUUGGGUUCAGUUGGGAUAUACAUGUGGGUACCAAUUUAGCUGAUAUGUACUCUAAGUGCGGGAUAAUGAGUGAUGCCUGUAAGUUCUUUGAAGAGAUGCCAUGUAAGGAUGCAAUUUUAUGGACCGCAAUGAUUGAUGGGUAUGCAAAGAAUGGUGAUUGCGAAGCAGCUUUGUUGGGUUUGAAAAAGAUGAUUGAGGAAGAAAUUGUGAUUGAUCAGCAUGUUCUUUGUAGCACAUUAAAUGCGUGUGCAGCAGUAAAGGCUCAUACUCUUGGAAAGUGCCUUCAUUCCAGCAUUGUGAAAUUUGGAUUUGAGUUGCAGGUUGUUGUGGGCAAUGCCCUGAUAGAUAUGUAUUCAAAAUCAGGAAACAUGGAAAGCGCUUCAAAUGUGUUUGGGAUUGUCUCAGAGUGUAGAAAUAUAGUGUCUUAUAGCUCCCUCAUUGAUGGCUAUGUUGAAAUUGAUCAAAUUGAGAAGGCUGUAAGUUUGUUCCUUGAAUUGAGGAGACAGGGAAUUGAUCCUAAUGAAUUCACUUUCUCAAGCUUAAUCAAAGCUUGUGCCACCCAAGCUGCACUUGAACAAGGGGUGCAGCUUCAUGCUCAAGUGGUCAAGUUUAAUUUUAAUGGAGACCCUUUCGUAUCUUCAGGUCUUGUUGAUAUGUAUGGGAAGUGUGGGUUGCUACAUCACUCAAACCAAGUAUUUAAUGAGAUAGGAAAUCCGACUGAAAUUGCAUGGAACUCCUUAUUAAGUGUGUUUUCUCAGCAUGGCUCAGGGAAAGAAGCCGUGCAAACGUUUGAUAAAAUGUUACGUGCAGGAGUAAAACCAAAUGCUAUAACAUUUGUUAGCCUUUUAAUAGGGUGUAGCCACGCUGGAAUGGUGGAGGAGGGGUUAAAUUACUUUCAUUCCAUGGAGAAGAUAUAUGGUGUAGUGCCUAGAGAAGAACAUUACUCUUGCAUUAUUGAUUUAUUUGGUCGGGCAGGAAGAAUUAGAGAAGCUGAAAAUUUUAUAAAGAGCAUGCCGUUUGAGCCAAAUGCUUUUGGAUGGUGUUCUUUUCUGGGGGCUUGCAGGAUCCAUGGUGAUAAGGAGAGGGGCAAAGUUGCAGCUGAAAAAUUGAUGCAGCUUGAACCGGAAAAUAGUGGAGCUCAUGUUUUACUUUCAAAUCUUUAUGCAAAGGAACAGCAAUGGGAAGAUGUAAGGAGUUUAAGGAAGAUGAUGAGAGAUGGAAACGUUAAGAAAUUGCCUGGAUAUAGCUGGGUUGAUGCUGGCAACAAAACUCACAUAUUUGGAGUUGAAGAUUGGUCUCAUCCACAAAAGAAAGAAAUAUAUGAAAAGCUUGAUAGUCUUCUUGAUCAGAUACAGAAAGCUGGAUAUGUUCCGUAUACAGAGUCUAUCCCAUUUGAAAUGGAUGAUAAAGAAAAGGAGAAGUUUCUUCAUCAUCAUAGUGAGAGGAUAGCUGUUGCAUUUGCUUUAAUAAGCGUGCCAGUUGGGAAACCAAUCAUAGUGAAGAAAAAUAUAAGGGUGUGUUUGGAUUGCCAUUCUGCAAUUAAGUUCAUCUCUAAAGUGGUUGGACGAAAGAUUAUUGUUAGGGAUAAUAGUAGAUUUCACCAUUUUGCAGAUGGUUUGUGUUCUUGUGGAGAUUACUGGUAAACACUUAAAAAGUACCAAUCAGGUUUUGGAGAUCAGAAUGUUUAUACAUUAGACGAAUUUACAGAAAUUUGUUGCAACGCCAUAAAUAUAUCAAAAAUUGCGAGGCAAACAAUUUUUGCGACGAUUAACAACUUUUGGAGCCAACUGCUUGGAGGAACAAGUGUUUUCAAUUCUAUGGGCACCAAGAAAAGAGGGCCUACAUAUUUCUUGUGUAGAACUUGGGAGAGGGAUUCCAUCGUUAUUAUUGCCUUUUAACACCGUAUUUUACAAUGCUUUAGAUAAUUGAAGCCCUCAAAAAAAACCAGUUGUUUCAAGGUACUAAUUGUUGGGUUCCUAAUGAAAUUCAAAUGUUACUUUCCAACGUGAAUGAACUAAAAAAGCGUCACAAUUUUUUUUUUUC